AUGCACACAAUGCUACUCUCAUGGAUAAUUGCUUUACUAAUGCUAGUUCAUAAUGUUUGGAGUCAUGAACCGCCUUCUCGUAAUUCAAAAACGAAUUCACAACAACAAAUGUUUCAAGAUCAAGAUCCAGAGCAUUUGAGUGAACAUUUAAAAGAAUUUGGAGGAAAAAAAGUGGCAGAUAUGACGCCAGAUGAACAGUCAUUCUAUCAGUUUAAAUUACACGAUAGUAAUGGUGAUGAUCUUUUGGAUGGAUUAGAAAUAUUAUGGUUAUUGCAAGAUUUUCACUUACACGACCACAAUAGUAAUAGUACAAAUUCAACAAGUAAAUCAAAUGAAAGUACAUCAGCAUCAACUGAACGUUUAGUACAAUUGGUAGAUGAAACUCUUUCGAUACUUGACUACAACAAUGAUGGUGUGUUAACAUACGCUGAGGCAAGUGUCACACAACCUAGCAAACCGAAGAUUUCGAUUGUAAAUAAAAGUGAUCAAAUCAACAGUAAUGUACCUUCAUCCAAGACACCCGUUUCAGAGGCACCAGAGCCCGGUAUAACCAGUCAUGCAUUCCAGGGAAAAAAUGAUCGUAAAGCAAUGCUAUAUUCUUUUACUGAUGUUGCUCCGAAAAUUACUGAACCGGAACAGCCAAUAAAAUGGUAUGGCUGGAGUAAAUCUGGCAAUGUAAAACCACCAAUUUGGUGGACAGCAAAGAAACCUACGACAGAGGAAGAUAUUGUUGUGUCAACAACUCCAUCUUCGGUAGAUGAAGAACAAGGAACUUCUCUGUUAUAUGCUGUACCGAGUUAUAGUCUGCACCAUCCAAUAGCCAAUUAUAGUCUACCGUACGGUGACAGAAUUCAUCCUGGAAGAAUAUUAUCACCUUCUGAAAACGAUAGUGUAACAAAUAUGAAAUAUUAUAAUCCUGCUCAUAACAUUUCAGAUAACACAGUUCCAGUUAAACGGCACAUAAAUUCGAUGAUGUACAAAACGAAUAAUGAUGAUCCCAUCUAUAGUAAACGUGAAACACAUUCGUCAUUACCGACCGUGGUAUCAAGAGGACUUCAAACAGAUUUAAAUCCGUUCGCUGUUAAUCCACCUAAUGUAAAUCCGUUCGCUGUUAAUCCACCUAAUGUAAAUCCGUUCGCUGUUAAUCCACCUAAUGUAAAUCCGUUCGCUGUUAAUCCACCUAAUGUAAAUCCGUUAAAUGAAAAUAUGUUUAAUACGAUACCAGAUAAUGUCUAUUAUUAUGGUAUACAACCAAAAUCAAAGGCAGUAAGCUUACUUAAACCAUCUUCAGAAACAGCAAAACAACCUGUGGGAUUUUAUUAUAUACCACCGCCGCCAACAAUGAAUUAUAACGUGCCACAAAACGAAAACUAUCCAUAUCAGUCAUAUAACCCGUAUGGUGUGUUGCAAGCACCUGUUCUUCCACCUAUAGAAAAAACUCCGAUCUGGACAAAUGUUGGUUAUGAGGGAACGUUUGGAGAACGAAUGCCUCAAAUAUUUCCAUUAUAUCACCAAAAUGUACCAUCAAUUGAAGAACAGGAACGAUUAAGACACAAUAUGUUAUAUCCUAAUUAUUAUCCAUAUAGGGAUAGUUUAUAUCAACAACCACCGCCUCCAUCGCAGUUUUAUGACCCAUACGGGCAUAACAUACCACCCAAUGAAAUGCACUAUUUUUCACCCGAACUUCAUCAAACAGCCUUGAAAGAAUUCCAGAAACAUCAUAAAACCCCAAACGGUUCAUAUCGUGUGAAAAAAAUUCAUGUUUUAGAAAAAAACGAUCCGAAAAAACAUAACGUUGUUCCUCCGCCGAUGCAACUAAUGCCAGCAAAUAACUAUAUCCCAUUUCAUCCUGGAUUCGCUCCUUCACCAUCACGCGCAAAUCAAAGUCUUAAUCGAAGUGCCUACUUGUUUAAUAAAACUUAG